AUGUACAGCAGGAAGUCCUGGGGUGGUUCAAUAGAGCCAUUCAUUCUCGUAAAGUUCCUCCCGGACCAUACCGAAGACGACAGCGAUCCGAUCACGAGCCUGAUCAUCUUUGAAUGGCAAGACGAAGAACUCAUUGGAAGGAUGCCGCCCGGCGGACAAAGCUACCGUGACAUCGAGACCAUCUGUUCAGCAGACACUGUGGCCAAGGGUCUAUGCGAAGAGAAGGAUAUCGGCGCUUUCAUACUGGCGCCCAAUGCGACGGACUCCGCGAAGAACCCCAUAUACAACGAGGCAAUUCAUCUCAAGGAUCCGAAAGCCAUCAACUAUCCGAUCCGGCGAACCGGCUACUAUUGCGUCUCGACCUUUGCAUUCUCAAACCAUGAGUACGAUGCCGUGGUGGAAUUCCGGAAUGCCUAUGGCGAGCUUCCCGCGGCCCAGAUAGCAAAACUUCCCUUCUAUGGCGGCCUCACCAUUGUCUAUGCGGUAUUGGGCGCUUUCUGGGCUUUCCUCUACGUCCAGAACCGCUCCGACAUCCUGCCCGUUCAGAAUUACAUUACGGCGACCAUCAUCUUCUUGAUCGUCGAGCAGCUGAUGACUUGGGGUUUCUAUGACUACCAGAAUCGACAUGGUAAUAACGCUGUGAACAAGGUUCUUAUGGUCAUCGUGUCAAUACUCAAUGCAGCCCGCAAUUCCCUGUCCUUCUUUCUGCUGCUGAUAGUCUGCAUGGGCUACGGUGUGGUCAAGCCAUCGCUGGGCAGGACCAUGAUCUACGUCCGGAUCCUCGCUGCCGCACACUUCAUCUUCGGUGUCAUCUAUGCGGUUGCUUCCAUGGCCGUCACUCCCGAGUCAGUCGGCCCGCUCGUCCUCUUUGUCAUUCUGCCGUUGGCCGGAACCCUGACGGCAUUCUAUGUUUGGACACUAUCGUCGCUCAAUAUCACCAUCAAGGAUCUUGUUCAGCGGAGACAGAAGACCAAGGCCAUGAUGUACAAGAAACUUUCGUGGUGCCUUCUCGGCUCUAUUCUCGUGAUUUUCGCCUUCUUCUUCGUCAACAGCUUCGCGUUCGCCGGAAGCAGCGAGGCCGAUUUCAUCCCAAAGCAUUGGCAGACAAGAUGGUUCGUGCUUGACGGCUGGCUCAACCUGGUCUACUUGUUCGACAUCGCAUUCAUCGCGUAUCUGUGGCGCCCAACGGCGAACAACAGGCGCUUUGCCAUGAGCGACGAGUUGGCACAGGAAGACGACGGUUUCGAGAUCAACGACAUCGACGACGCCUUUUCCGAUGACGAAGAAGCCGCUCGAAAAGACCAAGAACGAGCAGCAUCCCCUACCGGCGGGGCAUCGACUUCGCUUACAGAUGCCAUGGACUCUUCUCGCAGACAACCUUCUCCUGGCCCGGCAGCGCAGAACAGCAGCAAAGACGCGCCACUUCCUCCGCGACCCCGGGAGUCUUUAGACGGGGAGACCAUCUUUGCCGUCGGGGAUGAUGGGAUCGAGUGGAGUGACGGCGAGGAAGAGAGCGGUGAUGAGAGGAAAAAGUUGACCGGCAAAUAA